CGCUAGUCCACUAUCAUAUUAAUAGUAUUAGUAUAAUAAUAUAAUGAUGACAAAUUACAUAAAUUGUAAUCGUUUCUCUUUAAUUUUUAAAAGGUCUUCGCAUCCCAUGUCUUGGACCUUGGGUAUCGCCGCAACCAUCCAUCCUCUUAACCCUAGCCGCCUAAGCUUCUUCCUCCCUCUCCUGUUUUCUCUCAAAGACAUGAGAACAACUCUUUUCUUAUUCUGAAAAUGGCGACCAAAAGUGCAAUGGAAGAUCACAUCCCAUCUUUCUUUCCCUCAACAUUCUCUUAUUUUAUUUUUCAUGAUCUGGUUCUCUCCUUUCCGAUUUGGCUCCCGUGAAUCUCUUCUCCGUGGGAAUGAAACCAAUCAUUCUUUCCCUCUCAAUCCUCUCGGCCGACAAAUUAAAACCCGGAAUGAGGGCGGCGGCGACGAUGGAAUCGUGGGUUCGGGAUAUGAUUACGGAGGAAAGGACAGAAGAAGUCGACAGUGGCGACGGAAAAAGGGGAAGAACAAUGAAAUAUGACGAUGUCGCGGGCAACCGACGAAACCCUUCUGGUGAGAAGAGAAAGAAAAUGAAAAGAAUGAACUGCCACCGGCAGUCCUAGGUACGCCGCCGACAAUGACGACGUGGACAAUGAGAUUUUUUGGUAAGAUGUGGUAGUUAGUUCUAAUUCUGAAAAUGGGCAGUGUGUGAUUUAUGAUGGAUUUGAAUCAAGGAACCGGUGAGUGUUUAUGAUGGUGAAUUAGUGGUCUUUGGUUAUGGAAAAUUUCAUGGAAAUUAACUUGUAGUAAUGGUGUUUAGCUCUUGUAAGUUGUAUGUUGCUAUGGUUUCCUGAUUUUUGUUUAAAAGAGAAGGGUGGUUUAGAUAUGAAUCUACGUUUUGUUUGUGGGUUACUUGUUCGUUUGAGAUAUGAAUGAAUCUGGAAAUUUUUGUAUGGGGAAGUUCUGUUUGAGGGUGAUGGUAUGUGGGCUAGUGUUUUUUAGUCUAAAGAGUGUAUAGAUUAGAUGGGGUGCCUUUAAACCAUUGCAAAACAGUGCUUUUUUUUUUUUGUGUUUGAGAAAGUGGAAGUGAGUGAAGCUUUGUAGAAUUUUGCUGCUGUGCUUUUUUAUCAGAAAUGAAGGAAGUCGAGAAGAGUUUUGUUGCCUGUCUAUUGAGGGGGAAAGGGGGGAGGGGGAAAGGAAGUCUCUGUUUUGCAGAAUUUCGUUGUCUGUGUCAGAAAAGAAGAAGAAGAAAGUCCUCGAGAAGGGGAAGAGAAGAAGAAAUGGCGAGAGUCCACCCUAAAAAUUAGUGCCCCAACCCUCUUUUUGUGGAGGGAAGAUAUUGUUUAGCGGUUUGUGAUUGGUUAGAAUGGUUUGUGUCAUGGUGAACAAGGUGUAAUGUUUUGUGUCAUGAUGAACAACUUAGAAUGUUUGGUUAUGUUGAACAAGGAGUUAGAAUGCUAUGGAAAUGGUUGUAAUGUUUUGGAUUUUUGGCAAUCUUUCCAUUGUCAGGUUGCAAUGUAAACAAUUUUGAAUUUUUUUUAGCAGG